CCGCAGGCGUUCCCCGGUCUCUUAGACUGCUGUCCGGCUGAACACUGUUUACAGAGAAGCCGUUUCCAGAAUUGUGUGUGAUUUUGUAGCCCUGAUGAUAGUGCAGAGAUUGGUGUGUAAGGCUGUAACCUGUUAUCAAGGUUGUGUCAGAUUCACCUGGUGGAUGCCUAAGAUGUCCAGGCCAAGCUCCAAUUUAGCAGCUUUUCGUAAAGAUUUUGCUAAGGCUAAGCACAUCGCGAUAAUCACUGGAGCUGGAGUCAGUGCAGAGAGUGGAGUGCCAACCUUCAGAGGAGCUGGUGGCUAUUGGAGAACAUGGCAAGCUCAGGAUUUGGCCACUCCAGAUGCAUUUUCCCGUGAUCCAUCUCUGGUUUGGGAGUUUUAUCACUAUAGGCGUGAGGUGAUGCGCAGUAAGGAGCCAAAUCCAGCACAUCUGGCUAUAGCCGAGUGUGAGGCCCGCCUCAGUCAGCAGGGGCACUCUGUAAUCGUUAUCACUCAAAAUAUUGACGAACUGCACCAUCGAGCAGGUUCCAAAAAUGUUCUGGAGAUCCAUGGAAGUCUGUUUAAAACUCGCUGCAUGAGCUGUGGUGAAGUCAAGGCCAACCACAAGAGCCCUAUAUGUCCUGCUUUGGAGGGAAAAGGAGCACCUGAUCCCAAAGCCAAAGAUGCAAGAAUACCAAAAGAAGAUCUUCCCAGAUGUGAGACACAACAUUGUAGAGGUCUUCUGAGGCCUCAUGUGGUGUGGUUUGGAGAGUCACUGGAUCCUGAUAUUCUGACUCGAGUAGAUCAAGAGCUGGAUAAAUGUGAUCUCUGCUUAGUGGUUGGUACCUCCUCGAUAGUUUACCCAGCAGCCAUGUUUGCUCCUCAGGUGGCAGCUAGAGGAGUGCCUGUGGCUGAAUUUAACAUGGAAUGCACACCUGCCACCAUGAGAUUUAAGUACCACUUUCAAGGUCCGUGUGGAAGCACCCUGCCUUCUGCACUGGCGCCCUAUAAGAACGAGGGUGACUGAGGAAUCCACAGGCCCAAAGGACCUGGUCCAGUACUUUAUAACAAACAUAUUUUCUUUAAAUAGGUGAACACGUUCUUUUACUUUUGUUCUAUUUGAUGUGAAGGCAAAACUGAUGACUUUUGAUGAAAAUGUAAUAAAUUCCAAUUAUGCCUUUGA